GCUCUCAUGUGCGUUGCUGCCUCUUUGCUGCGCGGGUUGAGUGAGGGAGGUGAGCGUGGCGCCGGUCAGUGGAGUGAAGUCGGCUCUCGGUCCUCAGUGAAGCGGCAGCCGAGGGGACAGCGGGGAAAGCCAGCAGGAAACCAGUCGUCAGCUUGGAUUAUAUCACGAAGGAGAUGACAGAGCAAGACGUUAACCCAAAAGCCUAUCCUCUUGCGGAUGCCCAGUUAACAAAGACAAUACUGGAUCUUGUGCAGCAAGCAGGGAACUAUAAGCAACUUCGAAAGGGAGCUAAUGAAGCCACCAAGACCUUGAACAGAGGAAUUGCUGAGUUCAUAGUGAUGGCUGCAGAUGCUGAACCGUUGGAGAUUAUUCUUCAUUUACCUCUUCUCUGUGAAGACAAAAAUGUGCCUUACGUUUUUGUAAGGUCUAAGCAGGCUCUGGGCCGUGCAUGUGGAGUGUGUCGGCCAGUCAUUGCAUCCUCCGUCACCAUAAAGGAAGGGUCUCAGCUGAAGCCACAGAUUCAGUCUGUUCAACAAGCAGUUGAGCGUUUAUUGGUUUGAAUUGUUGUGACAGUCAGUGGAAUAUUUAGUGGCUGAACAGGAAAUGGCUUCCAACCAUCAGUCGUGUACAUUUCACUUUUUUUCUAAAUUGCUUUUGAACAUUGUGGUAAGAUUGUUUGCAGGGCACAUUUGUAAUGUACUUUAAUUUCUGCAAUAAAAAGUGUUUCUCCUGAA